AUGACUAGAUCCUACCAUUUGUCACCUGUGCCAAACUUAAGAGUUCUUGGAGACCAUCAUAAACUUUUCAGAACCCGCGGCACCCACAACAACCAGAUUUAUUAUCGUUUAUUUAGCGGAAAUGUCACAGAAAGUACUAUCUAUGCACUAUCAACGUCGCCUGGAAAGGCGGGGGUAGCCGUACUACGUAUAUCAGGAAGCCGAGCAAAGGAUGCAAUCCGAAAAAUGGCAAGCAUUGGUGAGAAGCAAAGUGAUUUAAAACCAAGGCAGGCAUAUUUUCGGCGAAUAAGGGAUCCUAGAACAGGGGAAGUUUUGGAUAGAGCCCUUGUCCUUUGGUUUCCUGGUCCGCGCAGCUUUACAGGGGAGGACACAGUGGAGCUACAGAUUCAUGGAGGAAAUGCUGUAGUUAAGAGUGUAUUAGAUGCAUUGGGUUCAUUAGAUGGCUUUCGCAUGGCCGAGCAAGGCGAGUUCGCGAGAAGAGCGUUUGAUAAUGAUAAAUUAGAUCUUACCGAACUUGAAGGGCUAGCAGAUCUUUUGAAUGCAGAAACAGAAAUUCAAAGGAAAGUUGCUUUAAGGCAAGCAGAGGGUGGAUUGAGAAUCCCCUAUGACAGCUGGAGAGAAGACAUUAUUCGAUGUAUGGCUACCACUGAGGCAGUGAUUGAUUUUGGAGAAGAUGAGCAAAUUGAAGAGGGAGUACUUGAUCAAGUGAUCCAGGACAUCAAGAAAUUGCGAAACUCGAUAAGUAGACAUUUGGACGAUAGUCGUGUGGGUGAGAUAGUACGAUCAGGCAUAAACGUAGCCAUUGUUGGUCCUCCAAAUGCCGGAAAGAGUACUCUUUUGAAUCGGUUGGCAAAAAGAGAGGCUGCUAUUGUUUCAGAUAUUCCGGGUACAACACGAGAUAUAGUAGAAGUUACAUUGAACCUUGGGGGCUAUCCUGUAAUUGUUAGUGAUACAGCUGGACUUCGUGAAUCAGAAGAUCUGGUUGAAAUAGAAGGUAUCAAAAGAGCAAAAGCAAGGCAAGUAUAUAUAUGUCUUUUGUCAUUUGCUCAUUUGAAAACAGAUAAGAAGGACAUUCAUAUUGAUGAUGUUAUUCGAGACGUGAUUGACAGUACAACAUACGUUCUUUUAAAUAAACAAGAUGCCGCACCUCAUCUUAAUCCCUUUGAUUUUGCUAAAAAAGUACAACACGAAACAGGUGCAUGUAAGGUGUGGUCUGUGAGUUGCAAGACUGGUGAAGGUGUUGAUGUCUUUUUGAAUGAUAUUGUUUCCAUAUUGAAAAUGAGAUACGAUGAUUCUAUAGCUAGUCCAGCGCUAAUUACCCAAGCCCGUCAUAGACACCAUCUGGAAGAAUGCGUUCAAGGACUAGACGCCUAUCUAGCGAUGCCAGCACAGGAUAUUGUCUUGUCAGCCGAAGAACUGAGACAGGCAGCAAAUGCGCUGGGCAGAAUUACUGGAAGGGUUGAUGUUGAAGAUGUUUUGGAUGUAUUAUUUGGCCAGUUUUGUAUUGGAAAGUAG